AUGAAACAAACACGUCUAUGUAAUCUAUGUCACACUAAUGGCAUCUUUAAUAUUGAUGACUCCAACAGUGACAACACUACUAAGACACUGUCACCUCAAAUUCCUCUUUAUACUAUGUAUUCACUCUGA